AUGGGUUCAAGGGGUAUAUUUUUCUGUGUUCUUCUGUCAUUGUUUUGCUUGUCUUUUGCAGCAGAUCAAGUGAAGGUUACAGUAAAAGGUGUGACCUCCAUAGCAAGAACAGAGGAUAAUUUCAUAUGUGCAACAUUGGAUUGGUGGCCUUCAAAUAAGUGUGAUUAUAAUCAGUGCCCAUGGGGAAGAGCAGGCAUUCCUUAUCUUGAUUUGGAUAACAAAAUACUUGCUAAUGCCAUCAAAGAAGUAUGUACUUACAUGCUCAUUCACUUGUGCAGGGCUUUAGUGACAUUUGGCGUAAAUGCCUUGUUCGGGAGGAGAAGACCCAUAUCUGGCGAUUCGCUUUGGAGUGGUGACUGGAACCCACAAAAUGCUCGCGAUUUGAUGGAGUACACCGUCUCAAAAGGAUACAAGAUUGAUUCAUAUGAAUUUGGAAAUGAGCUAUGUGGAACCGGUGUUUCUGCAAGAAUACAGGCAGAACAAUAUGGCAAGGAUGUAGUUGCACUCAAGAACCUGGUUGGGGAAUUGUACCCGGACCCUGAUACACGACCACAGGUGUUGGGUCCUGCCGGGUUUUAUGAUGAGAAAUGGUUCAAUAGAUUCCUUCAGGCAACUGGACCAAAUGUUGUCGAUGGUUUAACUCACCACAUCUACAAUCUUGGUGCAGGUGUCGACUCAACCCUUAUCAACAAGGUUCAAGAUCCCUUCUUUCUUGAUCAAAUAGCACAGACAUACAAAGACAUUUCAAGAAGCAUUCAGUUAUUUGGACCAUGGUCAGGAGCAUGGGUUGGGGAAGCAGGUGGAGCUUAUAACAGCGGAGGCAAAGACGUAUCCCGUACUUUUGUCGAUGGAUUUUGGUACUUGGAUCAAUUGGGCAUGACAUCAACUUUCAACCAUAAGGUUUUCUGCAGACAGGCUUUCAUAGGAGGAAACUAUGCCAUUCUAAACACAACAACAUUCAUGCCUAAUCCAGAUUACUAUGGUGCACUCUUAUUUCAUCGUUUGAUGGGAAAGAACGUACUCUCUGUCAAUCAUAAUGGCUCCCCAUACCUGCGUGCCUAUUCUCAUUGCUCCAAGAACUCAGAUGGCAUUGCUGUGCUUCUAAUCAACAUGUCCAAUUCCACAACCUUCGAAAUUUCUGUCGUAAAUGACUUUAACUUCUACCCUGAAGAUCGAUUCAAGACAAUGGAUGAUAGUGAUGGUACAAAACAAAGGGAAGAGUAUCAUUUGACCCCAAAAGAUGGUAACAUACAAAGCGAUGUUGUAUUGCUAAAUGGAACUCCAUUGAAGCUCACAGAAUCAUCUGAUAUUCCUUCUAUGAAUCCAAAACUUGUUGAUGCUUCAUUACCUAUUACCGUCGUGCCCGACUCUAUUGUUUUUGCCACCCUGAAAGGUUUUCAAGCUCCAGCUUGUGCUUAG